UCAGAUCUAAAAUAAGUGAAGUUUUAUGAGUGAUCAUAACCCAUUAUUUAUCAUCCCUCCCAUCAUCCAAGAAUUUCGCAAAGCGUCACCACAACUUCUAUUAUUCUUUUGUAUGAACAACGGAGGCCCGAAGUUUACUCCACACCUGCGGGCCGUCCUUGAGCCCGAAAAUUUGCUCGAAAUCUACGCAAAGAUCAGAUUCCAAAGUGCCCAUUUUAACUGCUAAACAACGACAACGACCGAAAAAAAAACUACUAUAAGAUUAGUUAUACGAAUUUCAGUUUUUUUUCCUUUUUUAGUUUCCAUUCUGCAAUUUGCACUUCCCCGUUUUCUCGUUUUCUGCAUUCACAGCUCCAACAGAGAGAGAGAGAGAACGGAUAUUUAGAGAGAGAAAGAAGGGUUUCUGUGGGUGGAAGGAGAAAGUGCAAGAACCAAGCUCCUCUUUCUUCUUUCACCCAUCUUGGAAUACCCUGAAAGCCUCUCUGAUCUCUGUUUUUUCAAAAUUCUGUGCAAUUGCUGAAUCCAUUUCUGUUAUAACUAUUUUUUUUUUUGUUUUUCCUUUUUUUAGUCAGAGCCAUCUCUAUUUAUUGCUUGCGCCAGCAUUUUGCUGGAAUUUGUGAGUUGGAUUCUGCUUUUUCAGCAUUCUUCCUUUUGAGUUUCAUAUCUGAAGCUUAUGGUAGAUCUGCUAACCUGAUAACUAUAAAUUCUACUUGCUUCUUACACUUUACAAUUGUCACCAAAACAUAGUUAGUUUUAACUUUUAGUAUCCUGUUGUUUUCCCUGAUUCCCGUUUACAUUUGAAGUCCUGAGCCAAGAUUUGGUUUUUAUUGGUGUCUUGAAAUUGAAUUCUUGAUACAGUUACAGAUAAUCAUCUUCUAAAUAUUUUAGACGAGGCCCACAAUUGGGGUUUGGUGGGCUUCGUCUUAGACAGUAUGAAAUCAUUCUUGACGUAGAUUCGGAGAUCCCUUUUCCUCUUUUUUAACAAGGAGAGGGUGAAGAAGAGAGGGUUUUUUUAAUAUAUAUUUACUAUACAUUUUUUUAACCAGGCUCAUUGCUUUCCCAUUAUUGGUGGUCUAAGUUUUCUUGACCACCCCCCUUUUAAUAUUGUCCAUAUUUAUAUAUAUCUGUGUGUGAUUGGAGUCUAGAUCCUGUUUGUCAAAUGUUGUUCUUCUUGUUCACCUGCUGCUUCUCUUUCAUCUUUUUCUAUAAGUCACUUGCCAUCAAGCCACUCCCACCAUGGGCUCAUGAGAUGAGACUGCUGUCUCUCUGUUUUUGGAAGGACCUUUCAUUUUUGCGGUUGAUCAAGUCAAUUAAAAGCACCAUUUUUGGUGUGAUUUCCUUACUUUUAGCUUCAAGAAUGUCACCUAGGAAGAACUCUAGUCCAAAGGUGGAGAGCAUCGAGAUGGCAUCAGACAUGUCUGUCUUGGAUUUGCCUGACCUUGUGCUAGAGACCAUUCUUGAGAAGCUCCCUCCGGAGGGGCUUUGUAGGAUGGCCACUGUGUGUACUUCUUUGAGAGAGAGGUGCAUUAGUGAUCACUUGUGGGAGAAGCACAUGAAAAAUAAAUGGUCUAAAAUUGUUGGCUCUGCUGCAUAUAGGGAGUGGCAAUGGUAUAUUGUUUCGGGGAAAGGUCCAGUCUUUUCGAAUCAAGGCAAACAGAACAGCCUUGUUGGCUAUCUAACUCAGCUAUGGCCAAUCAUGUUGAUCCGGUCCAGUUUUAGCAGUGGUACCAAGAAGAGCAACUUCCUUCCAGUUGAUUCCACCAUGUCUUGGUAUAUUGCGCUUGAGUCUGGCAAGUUUUGGUUCCCCGCGCAGGUCUACAACCGUGAGAAUGGCCAUGUUGGAUUUAUGUUAUCAUGCUACGAUGCUGAGCUUUGCUAUGAUCAGCGAACCAACACUUUCAAGGCCAGAUAUCCGCCACAUGGAAGGAGAGCAAGUCCAACAGAAAGUGGUAUAACAUGGGAUAGGCUUCGAGCCCCCCCUGUCGAUACUUCUCCACAUGAUCUUCAUGUAUCUGAUUGUUUACAUGAGUUACGGCCUGGGAAUCACGUUGAAAUCCAAUGGAGAAGAAAUAAAGAAUUUCCAUAUGGUUGGUGGUAUGGUGUUGUAGGCCACUUGGAAACAUGUGAUGGGAUUCCCAAUUACUGCCAGUGUCAUGAUAGUGACACGGUGGUGCUGGAGUUCAAUCAGUACAGUCGCGGCUCGCGUUGGAGAACAACAACCGUAGAUAGGAAACACCACAGGGAAGAGGGAAAUGAGGCCGAUGGAUUUUAUGGUGGGAUCCGGAAAUUGUGCUGCAAUGAAGAGAUAUCGAUGUGGAAGAAGAUCUGGCCUACUGAAGUAUUGGAAUAAGAAACCUUAUUUUCAGCACUCGACGAGGGAUUUUUGCUAAGUAGCAGGGUCCAAAACCGGACCAAAUUUUCCCCCUUCUAUUUCAAAGGAAAUAGUCCCAUGAAACGAUGGAUAAGCUGUUGCAACUGUGCAUAUUGCCUCCAUUUGAUUACAGAUAAAUGUCGGAUAAAAGGCCCUCAAUACUAAGCUUGUUUAGGCUCCUUGUAGGAAGCUUAUAUUUUUGUGAACUCACCCUCACUUUCAUUGGGGGCUGAAAUGUGCAUCAAAGAUCAUAAACAAUGAAGAAUUGGCAAAUGUAAUUUGAAUGGUGUAAUUUUGUUCCAUUGUCAUUUAUAUAUUAGAAACACUAAUUUUUUACAAGGGAAAA